UUGACUAGAGGUCAUCUGUCAUAAUUGUUUUGUUUGUAGUGAAAAUUUGUAACUCUGUAGGAAUUUUAUCUAGUUUUUUAAGUGUUUUACUUCAACAAUUCAGCAUUACUUCAUAUCAUAAGUGCUAAUUAUAAACAAAAAUGAUACAGACGAAUGCCAGUAAUUUACUUAUAUUAAUAAAAAGUGUAGUUUAGUUCAAUAUUUUAAUAUUUAAAACUAGUUUUAAAUUCCUAAAACAAUGGGAGAUACUUCAGUACAAAUCCCUUUAAAAACCAAGGAGUUUUAUAAAACCCUAUUUAAUAAGUAUGAUAGAAACCGAGAUGGGUUUAUUACAAUACAUGAAUUAAGGGACAUUAUAGAAAGCCGAGAAUAUGAAGAGGACAUCCCCGUACAUUGCGUUAAAAAAAUAUUACAUAUGCACGAUCGUAAUUCGGACAGAAAAUUGAAUUUUGAAGAAUUUUAUGAAAUGAUUUCCAACCCAGAUUUGCAAUAUGUCUUUGGACACUACAUGAACAGGUAUAUACAUUUGAUAGUUCCCAAACGUCAUGUCCCCAGAACGACUACAACAGUAACAGAUGGUUUGUAUGAGGAAGAAUACUCUUGUUAUCCGCCCGCAGUGGGGAUGAUUAUUCUUUCUUUAGUUCAAAUAAUAUUUUUUUGUAUUGAUGAAGCGACUGAAUACGAAUCUACAAAAUCCGCGACUGGACCUUGCGCCAUUUUUUUUAUUUAUGAACCAAGUCGUAGAAGAGAAGCGUGGAGAUUUGUAACUUACAUGUUUGUGCAUAUAGGCGUUUUCCAUCUUCUUAUAAACCUGCUGGUUCAAGUUUUGCUCGGAAUCCCAUUGGAAAUGGUGCAUAAAUGGUGGAGGGUACUUGUGGUGUACCUAGCUGGGGUACUAGCGGGUUCUCUGGGUACUUCCGUGGUUGAUCCAACAGUUAAACUUGCUGGGGCUAGUGGAGGAGUGUAUUCUUUGGUUACCGCUCAUAUCGCAUCUAUUAUUAUGAAUUGGAAGGAAAUGUCUUUUCCUAUCGCACAACUUCUUAUUUUCGUGGUUGUGGCCGCAUCUGACAUCGGCACUGCCAUCUAUAACCGGUACGUCCUUGACAUCAACGAACACAUAGGUUAUGCUGCACAUUUUGCGGGAGCGUUAGCUGGUUUGCUAGUUGGCAUCAAUGUUUUGAGGAAUUUGAGCGUUACUAGGACCGAGAGGAUAAUAUGGUGGAUAUCUAUGGUGACUUACGGGCUCCUUAUGGGAACCUGCAUCAUAUGGAACUUAGCUUGGACCAGUUAUUUCCCCACUGAGAGAUACGAGUGAAUAUUGGAACUCAUUAUUGGCUGUUAAUUAAUAUAAAUCGGAUAAAAAUACAUUAUAUUUAGUAGGAACGUGAUAGAAAUGUCGGAUUAUUUUGUGUUUCUUAUUACUUCUUCGGAUUUAACCUUUCGGCAGGCGCGCCCACAAAGUUACAUGAACAGGCGCGCAUGUAUCUCAUAGAUACACUACCAUAUUUUGGUAUAAAAUAAAUUAAACAUCAGUAUCAGUUGAUUUCUCAACUCAUCACAAUUAUUUUCGUUAUUUAGAUCGUAUUUCUUUUUUCCUGAUGCCAUUUUAAUGCAUACAAAAAAAUUAAAUUAAAUAUAACUUGCAUAGGCGCAUAUGUUUCUCUUAGAUACAUAUAGUAUCUUAUCAUUAUAUUUUAUCAUAUAGAAUGAUAAAAUAAAAACAUUACAAGCAUAUUUAUACAUUAGCAGCAAAUAUUCAAAAGCCGUAAAUGAACUAAAAAAUAUGAAUUAAAAAAAAACUUACAUAAACUGUCUUGUGUAAUUGUGACAUACAAAAUAUCAAUAUCUCAAAACGGCUGAUAGGACCACUGGAGCCAGGAAGGUAGGUAGGAGUGGAAAGGUCUUUCUCUUUAACGUGGUAGUACAAAUUACAAGAAAAUUACGAUGUAUCUGAGGGAUAUAUAUGCGCCUGUCCGAAGGUUAAAAAUAAAAACAAAUCGCGUUUAUUUGAAUUGGCAUCUAAUACAGAAAUAUUUGAAAUAAGAAAAUCGGCAAUGUUAAAAAAAUGUUCUGAAUGCUGUAAGCGAUUUGAAAGUUCAGAAAUAGGGAGUAAUGAUUAUCCUCCAGCCUUAUUAGUAUCCCCAAUGAUGUGAUAUUUACUUAUGUUUAUUGAUAGAAAAUUGCUAAAAAGUCGCAUAAUUAUUUUUCAAAAAUUUUAUUCAAUGUGUAACUGUGAAUUAAUUAUACAUUCCAGUUUCGUUUUUUUUUAUUUUAAAACAAAAAUGUGUGCCUAUUAUAUUUUAAAGUUUUCAAAUUCAACUUGGAAGAAUUGCUCCAUUUUUUAGUUAACCUUUCUGUUUUUGUCAAUAUAACUAAUUGAUUCUAAAUUUAUAUUUAAUCGUGAUAUUUUAUUUAUAUAGCCUGUUGUAGUAGUUUAUAGUUUUUUUACACAGCGCGGGUCUAAAGUCCCUCUCCCCAUUUUUUGAAACCUAAUUAAUUGAGAUAUGAAUCCAUAAAGAAACUUUGAUUUUACACGAGAAUAUUACAGUGCCAAAUUCGUUAUGAGUAAAAAGAAAAAAUAUUCUAUUUUUAUUGAUGUCAUUGGAAAAGGUUUGGAACAAGCUUUCAAAUGAUGUAUCACUUGCCAUAUGAUCCAUUUUAAAAUUAUCUUCCAAAACGGCCCCCGUCCGCCAUUUUUAAUGAUUACGUCACCUAAUAUAAUUAAAAGGUAGUAUACAGUCCAUAGUUCAGUUUCCCAAAAUUUCAAAUUUUAACUUUUACGGUUCAAAAAAUAAAUGAGGGGGAGGGACUUUAGACCCGCACUGUAUACUAAUUAGGACAAAAUUAUUUUAGGAAUCUCAGGUUUUUUUUAUAAAUAAGCAAACAUUUUUACAAUACACAGUAUAAUUAUUUUUAAUUUAUGCCUAUAUAAAGGGAAAUGGUAUUUUAUUUUAUAUUAUGUUUCUAUGUUUCUAAAAAGUAAAAAAAAAAUAUUUUUAAAAGUUGGUAGCACUAACAACUGUAUAAUUUUAAGUUAAAGAUAUUUAUGUUGUGUUGAACAAUCUUUUAAACUUUUAUAAUUAUUGUUGGCAAAUUAAGAAAGAACAAAAGUUUGUUCAAUAUUUGUCUAUUUAAGUGUCUCUUCGACCAUUGCCAAAUUUGAUUUAAUUUUUCACAGAAUAAGUUACUGUUAAAAUGAGUCAGUGUGUUUGCAAGAGGGAUUAAACUUAUUAAAUAAAUGGAUAAAAAUUAACAUUCUUUAUUGACUAACAAAAUAUGGUUUUUAAAUUCCGGUAGCAGCUAUCAGUUGUCAAUGCUGCCAACUACCCUGACGAACAAUCGACAUUUUUAUUCAUAAGACUUAUCUACCUUGUCUUUCAUUGUAAAACGUGUUUUUUGAAUCAAUUUUAUGUUUUUAGUCAAACAACAAUCAAAUAAAAUGCAUUUCAAAUCUUUUGUAUAAAAAAAGCAUUUAGUAUUUUUUACAGCUCUUUAAAAUAAAAGUAUUUAUUUGUCUUAAAAGCUUUAUUUUACAUUUUUUUAUAUUUUAUUUUUAUAUACAAG